UCUUUGUCAGAUCGACCCGUUUAUCAUACGUCAUGGCGGCUUUAAACAAAGAACCUCCUUUUAGAAGUAUGGUAUAAAACAUGAAGUAAUACAUUGGGCUACGCUAUGCUUCAGUGACUACGUGUACAAAAUGAAUCCAAUAACCACAGGCCGUAUCGAAAGGGCGCCACUGAGUGCAUUCUCCAUAUUCUUUAACAUGGUGUGCAUUAUAGGUAAUUCGGCUGUGCUUCACAUUUUCCGCACCAAAUACAAGAAAUCCAACUACCGCUUCUUUGUGCUAUUAUUAGCCUCAUUUGACAUGGGGAGUGGGAUUGUUUUUGGGAUGAAAGAACAAUUCCGAAUACAGCGCGUGUAUCACGGUGGGACAUCAGUCGCUUGUCAGGUUUUAAACUACGUCGGGCAUUCUGUUGGCAUGGGAACAGUAUUCAUGGUACUGUUUAUAGCCGUUGAACGCUACAAGAAAAUAUGCACUCCAUUUCAAACUCAAUUCACAAUUGCACAGUGUGUUAGAUUCUGUGUUAUUGCAAUUAUUAUCAGUGCUAUUUUUAACAUCCCAACAAUUUUCAUUUUCGGCAAAAGAGAAUUCAAAAUCGAAAAUAUCAACGCUUCUAGAUGCUGUGUGUUAAAGAGAUUGGAUGGAACCAUAUUCCCGAUUCUGUAUUUUGGAUCACUGAACACAGUGUCUCUUGCUGUUGUCAUCUCAAUCAUAGUUAUACAGUUGAAAGUAAGAGCAGUUAUUUUUCGUCAAUCUCAACUUAGGAAGAGAAUGGGUUUUACAUGUAAAACAAAGCCAGAGAAAGCAGAAACCUCCCUUUCAUGCGAAGAUGGUAAUAAUGUCGAUAAUGAAAUAAAAUUACCAGCCAUCACAAUGACUAUUGCAUCCAGAGAAAUGUCAACAAAGAAAAAGACGAGUGACGAAUCAAAGGCAGUUAGAAUAGCCGUGACUUUCUGCAUCAUUACAGCCUUGCUGAUAAUCAGCAUUCAAGCGAUGUUUAUGAACGAGAUUAUCUUAGCAGUAUCCAGGUACCUCCGUCCUGAGGAUAAAAUUUCAAAGAAUCAAGAUAUCUUCAAUGUAUACUUUCCUGACAUUUUUACGUUGAAUGGAAUGUUAAAUCCUUUCAUCUAUUUCAUCGUUGAUAACAAAUUCAGACAUGAAGUCAAAACAUUGUGUCGGCGAUAAUAUUUGUGUACGAGAUUUCAAAUCUGGCUUGUAAACAAAUAAGCGUCAAAAAAAUUUAAAUCAAUUAUUAAACACAUCGGCUCCGAAAAGUUUACAAUGCACGGAUUAUUGGUGGUCAAUAUUUCAUUACACUUGUAAUUCACGAAUUUUAAAAGUACAAACUGUACAAUAUUACAUACGCAUUACUGUUUAUGAUCUUGUUUGCAAGACUAAUACUGAAGAUAGAUA